CAGCAUCUGAACCGGAAUCUCGUCCGCUAAUGCUUUGGUGAAAUGGGUUUGGGUGCGCUUAGAUCGAUUCUCCGUCCACUGUCGAGAACCCUUGUUUCGCGUGUCGCCGCUAGCUGCUCGUCUACGCCGGCUGCGAAACCCGAGUUAUGCUCCUUCUUGGGUGGAUCGAAGUUGCCAUGGAUUCCAUUGGCUAACCAUUUUCAUAGCUUACGCUUAACUGAUACUCGGCUCCCGAAGAGACGGCCCAUGUCUCAUCCCAAGAAGAAAAGAUUCAAACUUAAACCUCCAGGGCCUUAUGCAUAUGUUCAGUAUACUCCCGGAGAGCCAAUUGCUUCAAACAAUCCCAACAAGGGUAGUCUCAAAAGAAGGAAUGCCAAGAAGCGCAUAGGCCAGCGCCGUGCUUUCAUACUGUCUGAGAAAAAGAAGAGGCAAGCGCUGGUGCAAGAGGCGAAGAGGAAGAAGAGAAUCAAGGAAGUUGAACGUAAGAUGGCUAAAGUUGCAAGGGAGCGAGCUUGGGAAGAAAGGCUAGCUGAGCUUCAGCGACUCGAAGAAGAAAAGAAGGAAUCAAUGUCUUCUUGA